CUCUACAUCACACGCCAUGCGCCUCCCAACGCCCUUCUUCUCUUCUCAGACCCAGUCAGUCGCUGUCGCUCUACUAACCUUGCCAUCACACCUCCCAGUUAUCAUGGCCACCACUCUGCUCACCACAACCGGCACCGUAACCUCUGCGGAUGGCACGUCCAUCGCAUAUGAACGCAGAGGCUCUGGUCCACCUCUAAUCCUCAUCUCCUCGGCACUCUCAACGCGCGACGACCUACGCCGCCUCGCCUCCCUCCUGCCCUUCACUGUGAUCAACUACGACCGGCGCGGGCGCGGCGAGUCGGGCGACGCGCCCCCCUACUCGCCCUCGAAGGAGGUGGAUGACCUCGCAGCGCUGCUUUCGGCAUACCCCGGCGCUGCUCUUUUCGGCACGUCCUCGGGUGCGGUGCUGGCGCUCGACGCGGCGCAUCUUGGGGCGCGCGCCGUGAUAGCCUACGAAGCACCGCUGAUCGUGGACGCGUCGCGGCCCCCUGUGCCCCAUGCGCUGCCGGACGAGAUCGAUGCGCUCGUAGACGCCGGCCACCCCGCGUCCGCCGUGCGCCUGUUCAUGCGCUCCGCGCUCGGCGUCGGCUGGCUCGUCCUCGGCAUUCUCAUGGCCAUGUGGCCCGUGUGGCGCGGCAUGGUCGCUAUGGCGCGCACGGCGGCGUACGACUGCCGCCUCUGCGCUGGCCUGCAGGACGGGAAGGAGUUGCCGCGCGACAGGUGGCGGUUCACUUGCCCCGUCCUCGUCGCCGUUGGGCAGAACGCAGAGGAGUUCAUGCAGGUCAGCAGUCGGCAGCUCGCGGAGAUGUUGAGCGCACGCCACGAGAUCGUGCAGGGCGCUCAUCACGGGUCGCCGGUCAUGAACCCCGCCGUGCUUGUGCCCCUCAUGACAGAGUUCCUCUCCACGAGCGAGGGCGACGAUAAGGGGCAUGAGGCUGGUGAGGACGGGGACGGGGCCAAGGGUGGAGGCGAGGAUGGGGCCGAGAUCGCUACAGACACCGAUCUCAAGGGCGCGGCGAGUGAGGCUAAGACGGACGCACCGAGUGCGGGGACUCCCGGAGCGAUCUCGCCUGGUGGUGAGGGGCCGCGCGACGACCUCAAGAAAUAGUGGGAUGAUCGUAUUUACCAAGCUAUGUCCAUGUAUGGAGUGAUUAUCUGAAGACCCCAAUCGUACGUAGCUACCCCCCGAAGCGACUGCGCCACCUACUUACUCACCACGACGAUUGCAUGGAGCGCAUACGCAACCCUAUACACGACAUAACUAUAUCCGCAUCCGCUCACCCACUGGCACUAGCAAAACGCCUUCUUCUUCGAGACGACAACCACGGCGCCGCAGGACCUGCAGGUACGCCGCCGGUUGGUGGGGCACAUAGCCAUGGCGAGGCCGAGCGCGGGGUUGGCGACAGUGAGGCCAAUACGAAGGGCGCGGCCCUUGCGGGAGAGCUUGACGUCAUGCGCACAAACGACUUUCUCGUACUCGUCCGCUGGAGACGCGGGCGAGACGGGGGUCGGGGAGGCAACGGCCUUCUCGACGUACGGCGGAGGCGCGGUGGUGGGGAUCGCGAGCUGGGUCAUGUUGAACUGUGCUUC